AUGAUGGCUUGGGUACUGACUUUAAACGAGGGUGUGCUACCAGACAAAGAGCCAAGGUUUGCGGAGCCUAUUCCGAAUGUCACAGUAGCACUCGGAAGGGAUGCCAGUUUGCCAUGUGUAAUAGAUAACCUGGGAACCUACAAGGUCGUAUGGAUUCACGUUGGCAGACAAAUGCUUGUGUCGGUGCACAAGCACGUGGUGGCGAAGAUUCCGAGGUUUUCCGUAACAAAUGACAAUCACAAAACAUGGCAGCUGCACAUUAAAGCUGUCGAGCGCCAGGAUCGAGGUUUCUACAUGUGCCAGGUCAACACAAAACCGAUGAUUAGUCAAAUUGGCUUCCUCGAAGUCGUAGUACCACCCAAUAUAUUGGACAAGGAGUCAUCACCAAGUAAUAUAGCCGUUCGUGAGCACCAGAAUGUCACCCUAACUUGCAAAGCUGAGGGACACCCAGAACCCAAGCUCAAGUGGAGACGUGAGGACAACCAGGGCAUUUCUGUAGAUCGUCGGACUAAAGUGCCGAUGUAUGAGGGUAACAGCCUUAAUCUGACGAAAAUUACGCGCAUGGAAAUGGGAUCGUAUUUGUGCAUAGCUAGCAAUGGUGUGCCACCCUCGAUUAGUAAGAGGAUCCUCGUCGAUGUUGAAUUUUCACCGAUGAUAUGGGUACCAAACCAAUUGGUGGGCGCGCCAGUAGAAACAAACGUCACGAUAGAGUGCCGUACCGAAGCUUUUCCCCGGGCCAUCAGCUACUGGAUGUUCAACAACUCGAUGGUCCUGUCUACUGAAAAGUACUUCUCGGAAAUCGAGGAGAACUCCUACAGAAUCCUCAUGCGUUUGACAAUAAGGAACCUGCAGCCUGGAGAUUUCGGCAAUUACCGGUGUAUUAGCAAAAACUCGCUCGGUGAGACCGAAGGAUCCAUUAGGCUGUACGAAUUUAAAAAACCCUCUUCACCACCCAAAGCCACGGAGAUUAAGAGCAGUGCCAACAAAGAAGGGCGCAAAAGCACAACGGCAGCGCCGAUCCUUAGGCGCUCGACGACGAUCUGGCCGACCUCGAAUUACCCGUAUAACCCGAGGCGCACCGAGAGGCCGCCACUGCGUGAAUACGAGUACGACAGGCCCGAGGAGAACCGAGGCCGGGCCACCGCCGGCAGUAAUACUGUCCACGACACAGGAAGCUCGUACAUCAUCAGGUGGAGCGCGCCCCAGCUUAUGGUUGUCGCCGUGCAGUACAUCCUCACCGGGCCGUACAUGCCGCCCUACGUGCCCCAGACCGUCAACUGAGCGGCCAGCUCUCGCUGCUGGAUGCCACUGGGACGCGGGCUCACUCGUCACAUCAUGGAGUCGACGAACGGGCGUCCGACCGCACGCCGAGCACAACCACUCACCUGC